GAAUUAUACACUCUCAUUAAUCUGUAUUCACAAUGAUUAUCAAGGCGAUUGUAAUGUUGUGUUUGUCACAAUAUCUGAUGUGUGAAGUGGUGAUGAUGUCGACACAAGCAUCUUCAAACAUUGCAUCAGACGAAGUUAUUGUAGUGAAAGACACGGUGACAGAUGAUGGAGAGGAUUCAACAUCAGACGAUAAAGAUGGAAAUUCCGUCAUUAAUCUCAUGCUGACUCUCAUAGUGUAUUUGAGAGACCUAUUUGGAUUUUGCGAGGAUUCGACGCCAAGUUAUAAUACAACUAUGGGUGUAUAAAAUGAACUUCAUGAAGUUCAUGUCAUUAGAUUACGUGGAUUGAGCAAACAUAAUCAUGUACUGUGUGUUUUUAAAUACAUUGAUAAAUCAUUCGUAUAAAUGAACUGAUUUCAAUAUUUAUUAAUGAUCUGUACUACUCUUGUAUACAACAUAUCAGUCAGUUGAUGAGAAAUAAAUGUUAGUUUAUCAAAUAGUCUUCAUUACUGAAAUAUGUUAUGGUAAAUGUAUUCAUAUGUUAGUAAUAUCAAUAGUUUUGUGUGGAUGACUGACUUACUGUGACCUAACUAUUAUUAUUAUUAUUACUAUUCAUGUCAUUAUUAUUAUUGUUGUUAUUAUGAAACUUACUAUUUAGGUGCAUUAUCAUUUCCUUCUACACAAUAUUCUCAUUAAGACAACAAAUACAAUAGAUUUCUUGUGUUAUUCAUGUAUAUUCGAAUGGAUUAUUUCUGUAGGUUUCACUUGCAAUUAUUGUUUUGUCCAGCCACUUUCAGCCUGUUCCGCAUCAACACCAUUAUUCCAUUUUGAUCGAUAGAUGUUGAGAAUGCUUCAUGUCAAUUAUCACAGUUAUGUUGCUUGGUGUAUUCCACUUCCAAUUCCGAUCUUCACAUUUUCACGUGAAUUAUCUAGGCUCUGUGAAAUCUUCAUAACAAUAGAUACGAGUUUCGAUCUGUUUACUUUAAUCUAUUUUAACUAGACUACAGAGAAGUGAUCAUGUUCAAUAAUGUGAAAGAUGGAUGGAUAGAGCAUGAAUAUGCGAAAAUUUAAUUUGAAUCGAAUUUGCAUUGAAUACUUAUGAAUGGAUUACAUAUUAGGAUUAGACAUUGAUUUGAUGACUAGUAUGUGUGUACUAUGUGAUGAGUAUUAUAUUGUUCAAGUGAAAUGGACAUCACUAUUAAGCUGAUUGGAUUUGUUUUAAUUGUGAUGAGUCAGUAGAUGAGCGUAAUCGAGUUGUCGUGAAGUAUGAUUGUAUACUACUAGAAUUGUUAUUUGUUACCUGUUACUCAACAAUUCCUCAA